AUGGGCACUGUCAGUCAUUAUCCCCCUCCGCUGUCGCCCGUCCCCUCUCCGCCCCACCCAGUGGUGGCGCGUCUGGUGCAGCACUGGAAGGUGGCGAUGCAUGGGCACUGUCAGUCAUUAUCCCCCUCCGCUGUCGCCCGUCCCCUCUCCGCCCCACCCAGUGGUGGCGCGUCUGUGGUGGCGCGUCUGGUGCAGCACUGGAAGCUGGCGAUGCAUGGGCACUGUCAGUCAUUAUCCCCCUCCGCUGUCGCCCGUCCCCUCUCCGCCCCACCAGUGGUGGCGCGUCUGGUGCAGCACUGGAAGGUGGCGAUGCAUGGGCACUGUCAGUCAUUAUCCCCCUCCGCUGUCGCCUGUCCCCUCUCCGCCCCACCCAGUGGUGGCGCGUCUGGUGCAGCACUGGAAGUGGAGGCGCGUCUGGUGCAGCACUGGAAGCUGGCGAUGCAUGGGCACUGUCAGUCAUUAUCCCCCUCCGCUGUCGCCCGUCCCCUCUCCGCCCCACCAGUGGUGGCGCGUCUGGUGCAGCACUGGAAGGUGGCGAUGCAUGGGCACUGUCAGUCAUUAUCCCCCUCCGCUGUCGCCUGUCCCCUCUCCGCCCCACCCAGUGGUGGCGCGUCUGGUGCAGCACUGGAAGCUGGCGAUGCAUGGGCACUGUCAGUCAUUAUCCCCCUCCGCUGUCGCCCGUCCCCUCUCCGCCCCACCAGUGGUGGCGCGUCUGGUGCAGCACUGGAAGGUGGCGAUGCAUGGGCACUGUCAGUCAUUAUCCCCCUCCGCUGUCGCCCGUCCCCUCUCCGCCCCACCCAGUGGUGGCGCGUCUGGUGCAGCACUGGAAGCUGGCGAUGCAUGGGCACUGUCAGUCAUUAUCCCCCUCCGCUGUCGCCCGUCCCCUCUCCGCCCCACCAGUGGUGGCGCGUCUGGUGCAGCACUGGAAGCUGGCGAUGCAUGGGCACUGUCAGUCAUUAUCCCCCUCCGCUGUCGCCCGUCCCCUCUCCGCCCCACCCAGUGGUGGCGCGUCUGGUGCAGCACUGGAAGCCUGAGAAGCCGUUCAGGGCGUGGAGGGAAACGAGCGAUGUGUGCUCGCUCAAGGGAAAGCACCUGCGUAUCAACUGCUCGGCUGAUGGCGAUGUUGUGUCACUCAAGCUGAGCACCAAUCGCUUCCGCGGCCUUCUGCCUGACUCCCUCAGUCGCCUCACCAAACUCGAAAGCCUCCGAUUGGAGCGCAACCGGUUCUCUGGCUCUUUCCCGCCUGGUCUCUCAGCGCUCACUGCACUCACCCUCUUCUUCGCCAACAACAACUCCUUCUCGGGCGCUCUGCCAGCCUUCUUUGGCAGCAUGACCAACCUUAGCGAGCUCAAGCUCUUUGGGAACCCCAUCAAAGGGUCGCUGCCGGAGUCCUUCUCGCAACUCAAGAACCUCACCCACCUGCAUCUGGCAGAGAUGGGUCUGUCAGGUCCCAUCCCUGACUCAUGGGGCAACAUGAAAAGCCUGCAGUACUUCCAUUUGAGUCGCAACAAUAUCUCAGGGAACCUUCCUGCCUCGCUGGGGUACCUCACCAACCUCAUUGAAUUCUCGGCCUAUCACAACCCGUGGCUGGAGGGAAAGCUGCCGCCCUGCUGGGCCACCAUUCAGUCCCUCGGCAUUCUCUCCCUCCUGGGCACCAAGCUGCGCUGCCCCACGCGCCCCACCGACUCCUGUUGCCCCGGGUCCCUUCAGAGCGACCUGCCCUUCUGCUCCAACGUCUGCAGCGACUUCUGCCAACAAUGCAAACCACCCCUGCUGUCGCCAGCAGGCAUAGCAGGCAUGGUGGUGGGGAGUGUGGUGCUGCUGCUGGUGGUGCUGCUUGUUCUGCUCUACGUGUGGUACUACUACUGGGGACCCGGCAGCCGCAAAGAGAUAUUCCAAAGGAGUGCAUCUCCCUCUCCUCCUCCAUCCCGCCAACUCUGCUCCCCCAUCCUCUCCUCCUCUCUCCCACCCACUGUUCUCCCCGGAUCUGUAUCUCCCCCCACCCUCUCACCCCCCAAAUCCUUCCCCCCUUCCCACCCCCCUCCUCACCCCCCUCCCCUCCUCCCCCCCUACUUUCCAGCGUGGGAGAGGGAGCUACAGCAGGGUUUCAGGAGGUACACGUGGAGGGAGGUGAUGGAGGCGACCAACCAGCUGAGCCCCGACAACCUUCUCGGCAAGGGCGGCUUUGGCUCCGUCUAUUUGGGAGUCAUCGGCGGCUCGCAGCAGAGUGGGUGGAGCACAGGGGUGUGGAAGAGCAGUCAGAAAGCAGCAAGCAGCGGCCCGGGCAGGGCGAUUGGGGCGAGCGGGUGGACUGGGAAGACUGGGGGAGGGACGAGCGGGGGGAGUGGGACGAGCGGAGGGAGUGGGACAAGUAAGGAGAGCAACGCGAGUGAGGGCAGCAGGAACACUGCAUCUGUUGCUCCAGUGGACGGCAGUGCCCCAAGGGUGGGCGGCGGUGCUCCCAAGGUGGGCGGCGGUGUGCGUGUGGUGGUGGGCGGCGGCAUGGAGGUGGCGAUCAAGCGGGCAGCUAUUGUGGAGCGAUCAUCCAACGUGGCCACCAUGUUUGAAGAGGAGGUGCGUGGUGCGGUGUUGGUGUACGAGUAUGUGCGCAACGGUGACAUCAGCGACCAUCUCUAUGCGAAGUUCCGCGGGCACCUGCUGACCUUCGAGGAGCGGCUGGACGCUGCUCUGGGGCUGGCGGAGGGGCUCAAGUACCUCCAUUAUCAUGCAGAGAAGCCCAUCGUGCACCGCGACAUCAAGCCCUGCAAUGUGCUGCUCACAGAGGAGUACCAGAUGGUGACGGGGCGGCCAGCCACGGAGAGCGACCCAAACGACCAGAGCUGCCUCAGGCACAUCACCUCCUGGGCGGUGCCGCACAUAGAGCGCGGGGAGAUCCGAGAGAUAGCGGACGCGCGCAUCGCCUCGCCGCUCAACCUGCCCUUUCUGCUGCAGAUGGCGCGCACCGCCGCCCUCUGCGUGCAGCUGCCGUCCACGCGCCGCCCGGACAUGGCUGAGGUGGCGCGUGUCAUGCUGGACGCCCGUCGCACCUUCCAUGCAGCUUCCGCCGCCGCUGCUGCCGGCGCCGCUGCCCUCGCUGCCGCUGGUGGUGCUGCUGGCGGGCCGGGGGUGCAGGGAGGGGAAGCAGGAGACGCAGGAGGAGCAGGAGGAGCAGGGUUUGUGGGACUGGCGGCUCAUAUUCUGGGUGUUGCAGGGGCGCUGGGUGGGAAGGGGAGCCCACGAGGAGCAGAGGUGGGGAGGAGUGGGCUUGUGGGUGCCAGCGGCAGGGCAUUAGGGAGUGAGAGCAUGAAGAGAUGGGUGCAUUACUUUGGCGGGGGUGGAGGGCGAAGCCGGCAAGCGAGUGGGCACUCUGAAGAGAUUGUCCCAGAGGGCACGCUGUCCACCAGGGGAGGGGGAGAGAGUGGCUCAGUGGAGCACGACAGUGGGAGUGCGGUUACUACUGGUAACACGGCAACCAGCGACUCUGGUAGUCGAGAUGGAGACAUACCGUGA